UAAACCUGGUAAUUGAGCUGAGUAUUGGUUGGCUCCACAUCGGCUGAAUUAGUUUAGGAAACGCUCGAGUUUGAGUUCACCGAGAUCUCAACUCGAGCUCAAGAGAGGUUUGACUAGCUUUGAAAAUAUUUUAAUCUCUUAAUUUUAAAAUUGUGAUUUUAAUCUCAUAACUUAAUUAUAUUUAUUAAUUACCCUCGUAAGAUUUUAAGAGAGAGUGUGAGAUUUGAGACUUUUAGGAUUUAUUUAUAUUUUGUUUAAGUUGAGUAUCUUCAAGCUCAAACUCAAUUUAAAAGCUGAACUCCAGUGGCCUAAGCUCAAGCUUGGCUUAGACCCCUAUCUUGUAUGCAUAUAUGUGUAAAAUAUAGCUUUUAUGGUGUCAUAGGAAACUGGCAAAUUUUUGAUCGCUUGUUUGAAUUUCGAUGAUUAGAUGAAUUCCUUUUUAAAAGCAGCAUACUUGUAGAAGUUUAUGAACCACCUUUUUCAGGGGUGUUUUCAAUUAUUUUGCUUGAAUUUUUUUCCAAUUUUCCUUUGUUAGGAAUAAUUAUAGGAUUGCUUACUCAUUUCUCAGAGGAUUGCCUGUCCUGUUGAUGUUUUUGACUGACAUUUCUAAAUUUGUUGCUGCUCUUUCAUUCUGGCAGCCAGCAUUUACACAUGGACAUAGGCAGAAGCUUCAGCAGAAAAUUCUCAAUGAGAAAGUGCAACUUCUACUGUUUCUCACCAGUGAAGCACAUUCGUUGCUCAAAAGAUUGCUGCAAAAGGAUCCAACUAGAAGGUUAGGUAGUGGUCCCAGUGGAGGAGAUGACAUCAAACAUCAUAUAUGGUUUCGGUUAAUCAACUGGAAGAAAUUGGAUGCUAGAGAACAGAUGCCAAAGUUCAACCCUGAUCAGGUGAGCAUUUUCAGGGGUAUGCUUCCGUGGACCCUAACUCCUGGCUUUCAUCAGAUGACAGAAAAGUUCCCAAACAAGGAGAAAUAAGAGAAAAAUAAGAGAUUGAUAAUGAAGUCAGUCAUCUAUCUAUAUUGUGAUAUUAACUCCUUGUAAGUGGUUUUCUUUCCUUUUCAACCAGUAAAAAUAUAUAUAAUGUCUAUAUCAUAUUUACUCUCUUUAACUUCUCUAUUUACAAAAGAUCAUUGAUUUUCAUUCUAGGUGUUUGUAAAUGCUGUCAUUUGUUGUAUUUAUUGAUGCCAAUAAUCCCAAUAGAUUUUUAACUGGAUAACACUUUUACAUAUUCAUCCCAACCCUUUGUUGUAAUUUUGUCAUGGUAGUGUUUUUCCAAGAAACCAACAGUUGUUUCUAAGAUAGAAAAUCUUAAAUAUCUUGACAGUAUGAGGCAAGACAAACAAAAAUGAGCUCGAAAUUAGAUGGAGAAAAUUGGUUAAAAUGGUUUUCUGGGUAAAGAGGAUUUCAUUGCAGUUGUACUGACUGGCCUGAUCUAAGUUGAAUUUGCAGAAGGGUUAUGAUUUCCUGCAGUGUAUUCAAAAUAUAGGAUUCAUUGUAGAUAGAGCUGUAUAAGGGAGCAAUUCCACUGUAAAUAUGAUACAUUGGGUCUAGCUGAGGCCGUCUAAAGUUGAAUGCUGUUAAUGAUACAGUAUACAUAUCAGAUAAAGAGAUUAUUGGGCAUGGCCGAACAAUAAUGUCUUUCUUGUUAAGCCCUUUUAUCUCUUUAGCUAAGCUGGUCAUAAAUCCUAUUUAGCACUAUAUAAAGAAUAGCAGAGAACUCAUCUAAAAGAGCAAAGAUGCCUCAUGGGUGGCAUUAAUUAUGGUACUUAGGGACAGAAAGCGAGAGGGGUGGUUGUUGGAUUCCCUCCAUCGCUUACUCAUGAAGGUGACGCAAAGCAGUGACGUUGAGAGUGACAAGAAGUCAAACGAAGUCAUUACAUAGUGGAUACAAAGGAAGAAAAAAAGCAGUGUAGAAGAAUCUUGUUCCGUAUUAUGUACAUGAGUUCACACCCCACUUGGAUGCACUUAACUGCGGCAACAUACCAGGAAACUUCGAAUCAGUUUUACCUUAAACAUAUCAAGAAAAAGUAUUAGUGUGAAUACAUAUAUAUGUAAUCCUAGUUUUUUCUUCCCUGUAAAUUAGAUUCAAAAGCUUACUUAUAUACACAGUUCAUCGUUCAAUCUUCAGUCAUCUCAUUUUGUUCUAGGAGUGUAGCUUGCAUUAUACAUUUUUAGAGUAGCCAUGAGAAGUAAAGAUAGAAACUAUUCUCUGCUUGAUAAUUCAAUGGAAAUGGUGGUGAAUAUCAUCAAACUGUCAUCUUAUUCCAUUGCCAACGUCAUUCUUGGAGCUGCCAGACCUUCCACAACUGCCAAAGGUCUCGGACCUACGCAAGGCUUUAUUACAGGUGAUGAUGAACCGCUGCUUCCUCAGUUUCUGGGGAGCCAAAAGUCAGAUAACUCAUGGACGAUGCAUGAAGAGAAAAGUGUGGACAGAGAGGCUUCUGAAUUCAUAAGUUGGGUGCAUCAGAAGAACAAAAUUUCUUCUGAGACAUAAAAUCCUUCGGAAGACAUACUGCCACCAACACCUCGUGCAGUAAUGUAACCAAUUAUAUCUUUGUUAUGCAUUCAAAAUAUGAUUCUAGUUAUGCUGUUUAGUAUAAACCACUAAAUAAAACAAAAUAAUUUGCAGUGAUUUUUCUU